AAAGAAUAUCAAUUAAAAUAUUGAACUAAAAUUGAUUUAGUAUUUCAUUUAUAAAUGCAUUAGCAAUGAGAUAUCAAAUAAUGUAUAACCGUGCAAGGCAGUACAACAUUUGGGCUCAAGGCAACCACAACAGAAGAGAAAGUGCAGAGCGCUUGGAAGGAGCAAGGCGUGCGAGUGGGCGUGAUGGACGCGUCGGGCGUGAUGAGGGCGUGAUGGCAGGUGUCAUGUGUGGGUUUUCGUGCCAAAAUGAAAUGCACGUAUAGGCUAGUAGUCGUGCUGGGAGGCAUAUUAGGCCUCUUGCUGAUGCUUGGGUUCAGUGGAGAUGUCACAAGAAUGCUCAGGUCAGAGGUCACGUCUGGUUGCGUUGACCUCGUCUCCUCCCAAUCCAAGGCGCCCUCGGACACGGACCUGCAAAGCAUCAAGCCUCGAGAAACCACGCUGGUCAAAGGAACCGACAAGGAUGCUGUAACACACCGUUUGAUCCCAACUGUGGGGUCAGCCACCCAAGCGCGACCCCACGAAGGCGAAAAUCGCAUCCAGAAAUCAGAUGCCGUUGUAGGGAAUGGCAAGGAAAGCACCAGUCUGGCAUUCGUCCAUUACCAACUUUGAAGAAAUGAAAUUGGAAAGACUUCAGAAAAGAGCAUUACGUAUCAUUCUUGGGUCAAGCUACGCCUCAUACACAGAUGUGCUAAACCAACUGCAGAUUCCCUCCUUAGAAGACCGAAGAAAAUCCUUGACAGAAAAAUUAUCACACAACAUCUUUACAUCUACAAGGCAUCGGCACCUGCUUCCCAACUUGCAUUAAUCAAGCAGACAGCUUUGUGAGGAUGUUAACAAUAAGUUAUGUGAACCAAAGUGUCAUACAUCCAAAUAUUAUAUGUCUACUAUACCCUAUUGUAUUAGACACCUAAAUGAUAACUUUGUAAUAUAACAAUUUUACCUUUGAAACUAUAGCUUUACUUAAUAAACUCUCUAUU